UUUCAUUUCCUUGGCGACGGAGUAACCAAUAUGGCCGACGGAUAGAAUUUUUUCAAUUCAUAUGAUAAAUUUUUGCGAUUUAUUCGAAACGGAAAAUGUCUACAGUUUCAAGGGCUCCAGUGCCUCCUCCCAAACCACCCACUCCAAAGAAUGGGGAUAGAUCAAUUGUUGAAAAAGAUAAAUUACCGGACCUGAGGAGUAGUGAUCUAGCUAUUGAUAAAGCAAAGCCACUUCCUACUUCACUUCAGAGUGACUUUCUACCUGAAGAUGUCCUGUUUGCUCUUACCCAGCCACCCACAGCUAGGGACACUCUUGGUCCUGUAUCCAAGUAUAGGGCACUCAACACAUCAGUGUCAAAGACAAGACCACCACCUGCCAAUGUGUGGAAUUCCCAAAGAAGAGAGAGAUUUAAACAUUUGUUUGAAAAUACUAUGUGUACAUGUGGUGCUGGAAAGGAUAUUUCAUUUCUGUAUGAUGUACCAAAGGUUGACAAAAAGCCGGAGAGACCAGAUAAGAUAGAUAAGAGUGUGAUCAGAAAGGAGGCUACUGAACACCCACAGAAGGUAUUACAACUUCCAGAUACUUUGAUACCAGAAGAAUAUCAUAUUGUGAAGAACAAAGGUGUAAUUGGUAUAGAAUAUCAUGAGGAUAAAUAUAGCAACCAAGUGGAAGAUCAUGAAAAACAUCUAGUUGUUUUCCCAUCAAUGAAGCCAGCGAGCAGAUAUGAGGUAGUUCAGUUAAAGUCAACAAUGGAGGAGAUGUUAGACAAGGCUGGUAUAAAUGAUGCUGACACUGAGAUUAAAGGCCCAACACAGAUGCAUAAUUUACUGGAGCUGAUUAAGAAGGAGCAGAAUAUAUAUAAUAUAGUGUUCCACGAGCUGAUACGACAAGCUAGUAUAGAGUGUGUGGAGAGAGGUGAACUUCUAGCUGACCUCAGAUCUAAAUAUAGUAACCUUCUCAAUAAAGUACCACAACAAAUUAAAAGUUUACAUGAAGAGGUAAUGGCACAGAGGGCUCUAGACAGAAGACUUACAGAAGAACUUAUGCGAUUUAAAUCAACCAUCAGUGUAUUAACAAGUGAGCUGUCAGAAGUAAAGGAACAUGAUAAGAAGGUAACACAGGAAGCUCACCAGGCUCAGGAAGAUCUAAAAUCGGCUCUAACAGAGGCAAUGAAGAAUGCUAGUUUACUGGCAGAGUAUCAUGAGCUGUAUGAGUUACAGAGAAGACGUUUAGAGUCACAGGUGUUUAUGUUAACUGAUGAACGAGAAAUAUGGAGUACCGCUGCUUACUGUCUUGCCAUGAAGGUUACAGAAGAAGCUGGACUUACCACUGCUAAACGUUUACAUGUGAAUGAGAAAGCCUGGGCUAAGUUGGCUCAUCAUUUUACCAUACUGCUUAGUGAUAAAGACACAGAUCUUCUUACCAAAAUACAGACAUUUGUUGAGAGAUGGCGUGAUAUGGUAGAAGAAUUUAGUAUAACAUUAAAACACAGGGAGGAGGAGAUGAGACAACAACUCAGGAUACUGGCUCCCGGCAUUGAAAGAUGGUUGAAAGAACUCCGUAAAUGCUUCACUGAAGAUGGUCAGUUUGUAAGACCUCCCUCUGAGAAAGAACAGAAAGGUUUGCUGGAAGAAAUGAGGAAGUGGGAAGAGCUUCUUAGUAAGGAGACCGAGAAGUUUGGUGGGGAUAUGUUAUUGAAUGGACAGGAACAGCUACACUUUAUCAAGAUGCAAAUGGAAGGAUGGACAGAUAAUUCUCUGCUGGUUUUUAGUCGACACAGAGGAAGUGACGGGAACACACAUCCUGAUCAAAUCAAUAUGAUGGCAUUAAAUGAGGAAGUGGAUAAACUUCUCCAUCAGUUCAACACAAGGAUUACUGGAGAAAAUGGAGUUGCAACCAAUGUUAUACAUCUAAUGAACGGAAUGGAGACAUGGGACAUGAAAAUUACUUCAAGUAUCAAUGGAACCAUGCCUAUUCAUGACAAUGAGUGGGCGGGACUUCUUCUCACCAUGGAGGAGUGGCUUACAUCAAUAGAGGAGGCUGUUGAGUAUGUAGGCUCCACCCAGAGGGAGGAUGAACGAGUAGAAAAUCGAGCACACACCAGGUCAAAGCGCCAAGGAUGGUUGCUAGGAGUGGAAGUAAAUGAUGUCAUCAGGAAAGUUCAAAAGUGGGUAACCACGGCAACCAAUGCUGUUGACAGUGAAGAUGGUAAACUUGUGGAACAGGUUACAACCUUACACUCAGAGAUGAUACGUUGGAUGGUUCAAGUGUUGCUACGUCUGGCACCAAACAAGGAAGGUAACUCUAAGGAGGCAGGAGAAAUGGCAUUAUUGGGUAGUGCAACAGUUACCCAACUUCAUCAGAAUGCUAAAUCACUGUUUGAACAGCUUCAAAUGUUCUCAAGCUAUGUUGUCCAGUCUGUUAUUACUUGUAAAGCUCAACUUGAACUUUCCAACUCUGAUAAAUAUUUUUGGGACAUGUUAUGUUGUAAUGGUAUAGUAAUGGACAACACACAAAUGAGGAGAGAUCUGAUGGAAGAGAAUGCUGACCACGAACUGAAAGAUUUACAAAGAUUAAAGCAUGAAUGUGAUGACUGGAUUAAGACAGCUAAGAUAUUGACAAGUAAGCUGAUGGGCGAGCCUGUGGACUCCCUGUUCCCACCAAAACCCUCAGACAUUGAGAAGAAGGAAACAAAACAGGUGUCCCUUGUUCAGCAUGAUCAGGAAUAUGUAGAUCAAGAAAAGUUGAAGAAGCCUGAAGAUACAGAUAAGAAAGAGGGUGAGAAGCCUGCUGAGGGAGAAAAAACAAAGGAGGGUGAACCAGCCUCUGAGGAAGGUAAAGAAGACGAGGAGAAGGAACAGACUGAGGGAGAAACUGAGGAGGGUAAACAAACUAGUGAGGAAUCAAAAACAGACACUGGUACAAGCACACAGACAAAGGCCGAGGAAAAGGAUGAUGGUGAGAAGUUGGAGGUCAUUGGUGGAGAUGACAACACUCAUGUCCAGAAACUGGAACAGAGACCAAGCCAGCCAUUCCUUCCUGAUGGUAAAACUGCUGCUCCAGGUCCACCAGGGGCUGGAGGCCCUGAUACGGCAAAAGCUUAUGAGGCCUUAGCUGCUGUAGAUUCAUUAAAUAAACAGUUACUGGCUACAGAAGAGCGAGCACAAAUAGCAGAAGAAAAAGCCGACACUGCCGAGGCUGAGUUGAACGUUUGUCUGGAGAAAAUCAGAGAGAUGGCAAAGAGAAUUGCUGAGCUCGAGAAAACGUCAAAAGAAUUGGCGGAAAAACCUAAAGAAGAACCUAAGGCAACGACGCCGAAACCUCCGAAAACACCUUCAACACGACCCGCUUCAAAAGAAGCGUCAGAUGUAGAUAAAAAACCUCGUCCUGAAUCACAAACUUCUAAGAGUUCAAAGGGUUCAAAAGGAAAGAAAAAGUGAAAAUGUGAUGUGACGGUUAAGUAAACCUUCAUCCUGUGAUAUAAUGAUGUUGAACGUUCACCGUGUUAUGUAUAGCAGCACUGAAUAGUUUUAUAAGAACAAUCAGCCGAUCCAUCAUGGAUAAUAGACAAGUCAGAGUUCUGUGUUACUAAUGUUACAUGUAUCUGACUGUGAAGAAAUACAGACAAAGUAUUUUUUCUUUCUCCUGCCCUGGUUUUUUACCCAUUUUGACUUUAAUAGAAAAAUGUUAUUUUUGUCAAGAAACAUAUGAUAAUAUCAACACUUCACAAACUUUGUUUACUUUGUUUAAAAAGACGCGAAAGUUUUUUUCAUUAUUUUUUAUUAUUAUUUUUUCAAUUGUAACAGCAUUUAUCAGUUUGAUACAUUUGAGGUUCGUUGAAUAUAUUACAAUUGUGAAUUAUUUAUUUUAUUUACUUAUAGGAAACAUACAAUGGUAUUCACAUUCCGUCCUAUCUAAGAAUAUCUGUGAUAAUUUUAUUGUUUUUAUUUUGUUUUAGUUAUUUUUAUAUGCCACUCAUUAGCAGUAAGAGGGAAUGAAUUCAUUGGGAAACAUGUUUAGCCAUAAGAAUGCUGAUGAAUACUAGAAUGAAAUACUGAAAACAUUUUUUUCCCUUGGAAAGUGAUUAUAGACUCUAUUCUUUGAGAGCAUGUUGCCUUUAAUGAUUUAACCCUGGCUGUAUACUUACAGGCCCUUGAAUUGACCCUGGGAAGCUUGAUGAUUAACUGAUUUCACUUUUAGUGCAACAAUUUGAAUAAUAUUAAUAAGGAGAUCUAUUGUACUCACCCAGGCGUUGGUGUCGCGUCACUGUAGCAAUCACACUUUGGUUCAGUUUUUGUUAGCAAGUUGGUAUCUGCAAAACUACUUAAGGGAAUGGGUUGAAUCUUCACAUACUUAUUUGAGAGCAUAAUAGGAGGUCACUAUUUAAGAACAUAACUCUAACAUCUGGAUUUUGACAGAAUUAUGGCCAUUUUUGAACUUCUUUAUUAUCCAGGCUCUUGAUUCAUUACAAAGCACUGAGAAUAGUCAAGCAUGGUGAUCUAGCAAUAACUCUUGUUUUAAGUGAAUUAACUGAAUUUUAGAAAUAAAUAAAAGCAAAAUUGUAGAUUGUGUAUCUUAUCCAUUCUUAUGGAACAUUUUAAAAAGUGCAUUUUGUUAUUAAUUUAUUGUACAUGUACUCAUUCUAAUUAUUGUUCUUUUUGGCUGGUAUGGUAUUAAGAAUAAAAUGAUGAUUAUGUUAUUAUAUUCAUAGAGCAAAGAUACAUGUAUAUCAGACUUUGCUAUUUUAAACUUUUGAUGUCCUCCACCAGUAAAGCUGAAAAGCUGCCUACUGUUUUGAUGCUAUAUAAAACCCAACCGCCCCCAAAAAGUGAAUAAACAAAUUUUUGAUGGGUGUGCUUAUUUGAUGGAAGGUUGCUAAUUAGAAUCAAUAUGGUAUUAUGGAAUAUAUUUAAUGAGUUUUAAGAAAGCAGGGUAAUAAUGGAACAGUGAUCUGUAUUGAAUGUUACAGUGCUAUAUUAUUUAAAUAUUUGACAAUGUAUUGUCAUUAUUUAUCAGUUAUAAUAAUUCUAGAUAUCCUUUCAUAUAUUGAGGUGUAUUAAUUUUUUAAUUAUUUAUGUUAUCUUCUUUAAUAAAUGUGAUAAAUCAUUAAAUUUUCCAAAGAUAUUUUUUUUUCAAUUCUGGUUUCAUAGGGACAUUGCUGUAUUAAUAAAGAAAACUCACCAUUUUCAUAAAUACAGGGUACAUACUGCAGACAAAAAUAUGAAGAAAACACCUUUUUUGUGAUGAUUGAUAUCCCUAGUCUGACCUUUUUAUUUGAAUAACAAUAGAUUAACCACAAACAUCGACAUGAAGAAACAUUUUGAGCUGAAAUUCUUAUUGUAUCCACUUGUCUGAUGAUUAGAAUUAGACAGGUCAGGGAUGUAUGCAUAAUCCAUGUACAUGGUAUUUUAACCAUUUUGUUUUGGUGAAUACACUUUAUUUAAAACUUUUAAAUUGGUUAGUACAUGUUAAAUGCUCAGCUACAUAUUUAGUAUAUUUGGAAUAACUUAUCUUCUAUAAAUCAGACGAGGCAUUAAGUAAUCAUUAACCCUGAUCACACUGAUAAGUCAUACGUAAAUAAUUUUGUUUGUACAUGAUUUCUUGUUGUUUUGUUUUUCUUUUACUGAUAAGAAGUGACCAAACUUUUCACUUAUAACUUAAUUUGUUGAUUGUUAAGAUAAACUGUAAACUUUGAAGAAUUAAAAUGUUUCUGUGAAGGAUAGUAUACCUGUGUAAGAAGUAAGGUCAUUAAAUUUCUUCUUCUUAAAAUGAUAAACUUUUUGUGUUGGUGCCUUAUUAAACAGUAUAUUAAAAGUAAGAAAAACAGUUUAUUUUUAUUAUAAUUAUAUAUUUUUUGUGUGAUAAAUAUUCAGAAAUCUGAGUUGUGCUAGUUUUCAAAUAUAACUUAAAUGGUUUUAUGGAUUUUAAUGCAAAAUUAGGUCUUUUUACAACUUUAUGUCAUUAUUCAAAACUCCUUAUUGAUUUAUUCCUAUCUUAAAACUGUGAUUACUGCUGUUAGAUAUAAAAUGUGUCAUUAAAUAUUAAACUGAUUAAGAUGUUA